AUGACAUCCUUCUCUAUUCUCCUCCUUUCGGCCAUCCAUCUCCUUUCUAUUUUCUGUCCUGUCACAUAUGGCUACCACCAUGCCAAUGGCGACGUCUCUAGUCAGCCGCAGGUUUACAUAGUUCACGUACUACCCCCUUCAAAUGCUCCCAAUGCCUUCCCCACUGAUCUCGAAAGCUAUUACAAAUCAUUUUUGCCCGACUCUACUUCUGACUCGGGUGAGACGCGGCUGAUCUACUCCUACACAGAAGUAUUCAGCGGUUUCGCUGCAAAGCUAACCCAGGAGGAGGUGAACAGCGUGGCCAAGAAGCCUGGCUUUCUGCGUGCCUAUCCUGACAGGAUCGUACCCCUGCUCACCACCCACACGCCCAACUUCCUUGGCCUUCAACAAGGGAGAGGGCUAUGGAAUCCUUCUGGCCUUGGCAAGGGGGUCAUUAUUGGGCUUUUGGACUCUGGAAUCCACCCCACACAUCCUUCAUUCAAUGAUGAUGGAGUGCCUCCCCCCCCUUCCAAAUGGAAGGGGACAUGUGGAUUCCGCGUUGGUUGCAAUAACAAGCUCGUUGGCGCCAAGACCUUCAUCAUUUCUGGCAAUAUCACCGGCGACGAUAGGGUCGGCCAUGGCACUCACACUGCAAGCACUGCUGCGGGGAACUUUGUGCAGAAUGCUGAAUCUUUUGGCCUAGGCAACGGGACGGCAGCUGGAAUGGCACCUCAUGCUCAUGUGGCCAGUUACAAGGUGUGCGGCGCAGCGGGCUGCUCCAGUGCUGAUAUUUUAGCCGGGCUAGAUGAAGCCGUAAAAGAUGGUGUCGAUGUGCUCUCGCUCUCGAUUGGUGGGGCUUCUGCGCCUUUCAACACGGACCCCAUUGCCAUAGGCGCCUUUGGUGCCACCGAGAAGGGGAUCCUUGUCACUUGUGCUGGCGGUAAUGAUGGUCCGAGUCCUAGCACAGUUUCAAACGAGGCUCCAUGGAUCCUCACCGUGGCUGCCAGUUCCGUGGACAGAAACUUCAGAUCUAUUGUGACGCUUGGUAAUGGAGAGCAGCUCUAUGGUGAAUCUCUUAAUCAACCCAAAGACUUCAGACCCUCCUCUCUUCCUCUAGUCUACCUCCGUGAUAUCACCUGUACCACUGUGGAUGAGGAUAUUACUGGCAAGGUCGUAAUGUGCCUUGCUGCUGGAAGUGAACAAGAGGCAGCUGCACGCAUCAAGGAUGCAGGUGCGGCUGCGAUAAUAUUCCUCUCCGGAGCGUAUCAUGCCUAUUCCAUCAGUCUUCGAGAUCUCGAUAUGCCUUCAUCCAAGCUGACCUAUGAAGAUGCCUCCAAGAUUUCGAAAUAUGUGAGAACGACAAGGGAGCCGACGGUCUCUAUCACCUUCAAUGGUACCGUUCUUGGAGUAUCCCCGGCUCCAGUGGUUGCCUUCUUCUCUUCCAGGGGACCGAGCGCGGCGACCCCAGGCAUUCUAAAGCCUGACAUCUCGGGACCAGGUCUCAACAUCUUGGCUGCUUGGCCUUUUCAGGUGGGAUCUGGGAGGAAUGGUGCGAAGACCUUCAACAUUAUUUCUGGUACCUCCAUGGCAACCCCUCACUUGAGUGGCAUCGCAGCACUCAUCAAGAGUGCACACCCUGAUUGGUCGCCGGCUGCGAUCAAGUCUGCCAUCUUGACAACUUCUGACGUUGUGGACGGUAAGAAGAAGCCGAUCCUGAAUGAGAAACACGUAAAAGCGAGCUUCUUUCAAAUGGGUGCGGGCCAUGUGAACCCAUCAAAGGCUGCAGAUCCUGGGCUGAUUUAUGACCUGGAUGUCGAUGAGUAUAUUCGAUAUCUCUGUGGAUUGUUCGGCAGACGCGGAGGGGAUUCUGCUGUACGUCAGGUUGUUCGCCGGAGAAUUAGCUGUUCUAAGGUGGGGAGCAUUUCUGAAGCUGAGCUGAACUACCCAUCCAUAAUACUGGCUCCCGGGUCUACGGUGAAUCGAACGGUGACCAAUGUUGGGAGGGCAAAUGAGAUUUACAAAGUCGAGGUGGAAGGACUGAACGGGGCAGGAGUUUCGGUCACUCCAGCGUUCCUUCGGUUUUCCCGUGUGAAUGAGAAGAAGACUUUCACCGUGCGUGUGGAUGGUGGGCAGAGUGGUGCGGAGGGGAAUUUGAGGUGGGUUUCGCCUCUUCAUGUUGUUAGGAGCCCCAUCAUCAUCUCUGGUAGGGCAUAG